AUGCACUACCUCAAUUCUCUCCUCCGCGACAGUAUGCCCGAUCAGCAGCGCGUAGCGGUAGACUCCAGUCCCACGAUGCAUGCGAUCCAUGACAUGAUCAAUUCCACGGCCGCCAGCGAAUCCUCGGAGAUCAAGCUCCCCGAGCAAUUCUACAACCGAAGGGUGCGUGACAUCGUCGACAUGAUCGCCUUCGAGGAAGAGUACAGUGCAUUCCAAGAAAGUCAGGAGAUGCGACGUGUAGGCAUCGGUGCUCUUCUGGGCGACGUUGUCGAGAAGCUCGUCAUCGACGUCGAGCAGCGACUCCCUCGUACAGACACCGAGGUGAUACCGGGUCCAAGCCCAAAGCUCUUCCUCGCCGGGUCUCAUGAUUCAACCCUUGCAGCAAUAAUGGCCUCUCUUGGCGCAGUUGAUGAGAAGACGCGGCGCAAGUGGCCCCCUUACGGGUCUGUGGUUUCCAUCGAGCUCUUUUCCGACCCGAACGGCAAUCAUGACAUUGAAGCGAUCAAUAACACUGUCUCUACGUUGUCGUCGAUUAGUCGUACGGCGACCCAUAAAUUGACGUCUCAGCAAAAGCGUCGACUUCAGCAUCACUACGUUCGAGUCCGCUAUAACGGCCAGUCACUGGUUGUGCCAGGCUGCAGGGAGAUGGGGCGUAACUGGAAGGGAAAUGAGAGUUUCUGCACUCUGGUGAGAAUCCGACCUAACCCCGAUAAUCGGAUCUAG